AAAUAGCGAGUGACAGCUUCUUUAGACUCUCUCUUAUUAUUUUCCUUUUUUCUCUUCAUCUUCUUCAAUCGAGGAGCUCGAAGGGCUCUCGCUGAAUCGAACGAUUUUUGCAAUCUCCCAUGGCUGUUUCUCAAGCAAGUCUUCUCCUUCAGAAGCAGCUUAAAGAUCUCUGCAAGAAUCCUGUCGAUGGAUUCUCCGCUGGUCUAGUGGAUGAGAGCAAUAUAUUUGAAUGGAGUGUUACGAUUAUUGGUCCCCCUGAUACGCUUUAUGAGGGGGGUUUCUUUAAUGCCAUUAUGAGUUUUCCAUCAAAUUAUCCAAAUAGUCCUCCUUCUGUGAAGUUCACUUCUGAAAUUUGGCAUCCUAAUGUUUAUCCCGAUGGGCGUGUUUGUAUUUCAAUUCUUCAUCCUCCUGGUGAUGAUCCUAAUGGUUAUGAGCUUGCUAGUGAGCGUUGGACCCCUGUUCAUACGGUUGAAAGCAUAGUUUUGAGUAUCAUAUCAAUGUUAUCGAGCCCAAAUGAUGAAUCACCUGCAAAUGUUGAAGCUGCUAAGGAAUGGCGGGACAGGAGGGAAGAUUUCAAGAAAAAGGUAAGCCGCUGCGUGAGGAAGUCACAGGAAAUGUUAUGAGGAAGCGGCCGCUGCAGGCGAGUGCAGCUUUUGGUUUGUCUCUUGUGCUUUUUGUGGCAGUGAGUGUUUAAAUUUUUACCUUUGCUAAAAGGGGGCUUCUCACCUGUUCACUUAGUGCCAGUGGGGGUCUUGUAGAACGUCAAAUGGAGCUGUCACCCACAUAUUUUACUCUUGUUUUUAUUUUCUUUCUUUUUUCUUUCUUUCUUUUAGUUAUAAAUUUUUAUUUUUAUUUUGUUCUCUCCUCUCUCUGCAUUUUUAAAGUAUAACUAUUAGGACGAUUUGUAUAACAAAAGCAUUUUGUUUAAUGCUUUUCGUCUUUCUUAAAAAGAAAAAGAAAAAAAGGGGAACCUUUGUCUUCUUGGUGACAGAUUCACAGCAUUCCGAUACUCUGAUAUGGUGCCUGUCUUAUACUUCUAAGCCUUCUUUUGAGAAGAUAAAAGUACUCUGGUCUGGUUGAUAAGAUUUGCUUUGUUCUGUUAGCUUUGGUGGUUAUGAUUGAAAAUUUCCAAAUGUAAUAAUAAUGACAAAUCUGGUUGUGGUGUUAGGGUUUUGGAUUUGAACCUUAUAAUGAAUUUGUUAUUAUUAUUAUUAUUUUUAAA